AUAUGACUUAGCUGCAGUCCCUGGCGCCUUUGGGACUGCCGCCACACCCGCUCCCCACAGGUUCUCAUUGAACCCUGAGCUAAAAGGGGUGCAUAAGAGGGAUCCCCUGGACUGGAGCCCUCCCUACUGCAGGUCACUCCAGCCUGGCCCCUGGCUGCCCUUGCCUUCUGCUUAACAGAUUUUUUUUUAGGGGAAGGCACAGAAGAUCCACUCUGACCCUGUGUGUCUCUGAACAUGUGGAGCCUGGGCAGGAGGAUCUGUGAGAGUCUCUCAUGAAGAGAAGCAGCCCUUCCCAUGUUCUGAGUGGAAUGUGGGGGAGGUGAGCCACAGGGUGGAGAACAGCCUGGUACUGCUUAUCCAUCAGAUCACCUACUGUUAGCCUGGAGAGCUACUUGGCAGACCCCUUGCACUUCCUCUAAGUUCUGAGAUGCGCGCUGGCCUUAGGGAAUCAUGCCCAGCACCUGACCCCAGUGAAGAAAGUUGUUGAAAGGACUGAGCAAUGGAACAGUAACUAAGACAGCAUCUCUGGAGCCUGUGUCGACCUUGCCAUCUGGGUGGUGAGAGACUCCAGGGUACUGUCCUCCAACAAGCAGCCGACCCUGGCUUACAGCCACCUUCAUACCACUGGCCAAAGCAAAGAGGUCCAUCUGGAGCCACUCCCUCCAAGACCUCUCUGAGAGGGCUUACAUGGACGGUGAGGAGAAAGAAAGUCUGACUUGACCAAGGAAAUCUUCAUGGCUCAGACAUUCCAGCUGUCAGGGCUCUGCCCACCUGGUGAUAUAGGAAGGGGAGUCAAGGAAGUGGAAGGUCUUGACUGGCACUUCCCUGUCCAUCUCCUGGCGGCUCUGAGGCAGGAUAAUGUCCAUCCUGAGAGGCACACAGAGGUCCUUCCAGGUGGCACUCUGGUUCCUGGUCCUGGCCGUGUUCCUGCUGGUUGUUUUCCUGCAUGUGGACUUCAGACUACUUAUACCGGACAAGGUCCAGGAACCACCGGUCACAAACAUCAUGUUCCUCAAAACGCACAAGACAGCCAGCAGUACAAUCCUCAACAUCCUCUACCGCUUCUCAGAGUCUCACAACCUAUCCACAGCGCUGCCCGAGGGCUCUAGAGUCCAUCUGGGUUACCCCUGGCUUUUUGUGACACGGUAUGUGGAGGGCCUGAAGCAGGAUGCCCACCUGCAGCAUCACUUUAACAUCAUGUGCAACCACCUUCGGUUCAACUAUCCUGAGGUGCAGAAAGUCAUGCCCAGGGACACUUUCUACUUCUCCAUCCUCCGGAACCCAGUUUUCCAGCUGGAGUCCUCCUUCAUCUACUAUAAGGACUAUGCACCUGCCUUCCAGAGAGCCAAGAGCCUGGACGAAUUCCUGGCAGAUCCGUGGAAGUACUACAAAGCUAGUGUGAGCCUGGAAAAUGUCUAUGCGAAAAACAACAUGUGGUUUGAUUUUGGCUUUGACAACAACGCCCCAGCAGACAAGGACUAUGUUCGCAAAUGCCUUGCGGAGGUGGAGCAGCGAUUCCAUCUGGUGCUCAUUGCAGACUACUUCGAUGAGUCUAUGGUGCUGCUGCGCAGAAGGCUGCGCUGGCAGCUGGAUGAUGUCGUGUCCUUCAAGCUGAACGUGCGCAGCCAGAGCACUGUCUCCCACCUGACGCCUGAGAGCCAGGAGCGUGUCCAGCACUGGUGUGCGCUGGACUGGCAGCUCUACCAGCAUUUCAAUCGCACGUUUUGGACCCAGCUGCAUGCGGAGCUAAGCCCACGCCAGCUCACAGAAGAGGUGGAGCAGCUGCGGGAGAGGCAGCGCGAGCUCAUGGCCCUGUGUCUUCAGGAUCCAGAGCCCAAGAACCUGACACACAUAGAUGACCGAAAUCUGCGCCCUUACCAGAGUGGAAAGGCUAAAAUUCUGGGCUACAAACUUAGGCAUGGUCUGGACACCACCACACUGCAUAUCUGUCAGAGAAUGGCGAUGCCCGAGCUCCAGCACAUGGCCCAUAUGUACUCUCUGCAGUUUCCCGACAAGACUCCCAAGGAUAUCCCAUUCCUGAAAAAGUAGGGUUUGGCUAAGUGACCCUCUCUUCCCAGCCUACCUUUCCAAAGUGAAACUGUGAAGAUGCCCAUCCGUCUCCAUCUCUGGGGAGAGGGCCUUCCACCUAAGACAACACGCACAGCUGUUCCAUAUCUGAAUCCACCCACUGUAGAGACAUGGACAGGCAAGAAUGCUUGUGCCCUUAAAUUAUUUCACAGAGACAGUCUAAGCAGCCCACCAGGUGAACAUCAGCCCAGGGGAAACACCGGAGCAUAGACAUCGGGCCUGUGGAUCCAAGAAGAGACCUAGAAUGGUUCCCUGGGAUUUUGUAGCCACAUUGGUUCAGCACCGGUGACAAUGCCAUGCUUGUACAGGGUUCGGAGGCUCAGACGUGGGCCAGGGAGUGACGGGAUGAGUAGGCAGCCUUACAUUUUACGAAGAACAGUGCAGACUGAGAGUUGUGAACGUUGUUGGUUAGCCUGAGCACACACACAGUCUACUUUUUAGCUUCCUGUUGAACAGUCCUGAAGGAGAAAGUGCCUGACUUGCCACAGGUUCUCUGAGAGGCUCAGGUACCUUUGGUUGCCUUGGAAACCAUGUUGUGUAUAAUCUCAGGGAUCAUCUUUUGGGUGCCUCUCUUAGUCAUACAUGGAGAGAUACUAAGUAUCUAGCACCCAGCUCUCAGGAUGAGGUACCUGAUUCCCUGGGGUACUCAAAUAGGGUGCCUGAGGUGUUGGGAAAAGAAGCCACUCUCACAUACUCAGCCCAGACUGUCUGCCUGAGCCUUGCUUGUUGAGUUUUGGUGGAGGCUUUUCUUCUGUGUCCAAGGCCACAGAAAAGACAUCCUAUGCUCCUUUGGACAUCAAUUUAAUAUGAAAAGUAUUGUUAAAGAAAAAAGUAACUUUUUGUAAUUUUAGAGAGAGUACAAUGAGUUUGUCAACACAAAAGAACACUGUAAAUUGAGAAUUGGCUCUCCCAAACUGAACAGAGGUAUUCAGAAUGCCAGGGAUGCUGGCUCAGACCUUUAAUCCUGGCAUUGGGGAGGUAGAGGCAAACAGAUCUCUGACUUCAAGGCCAGCCUGAACUACAUAGUGAGUUCCAGGACAACCAGGCUACAAAGUAUGACCCUGUCUCAAAACAAGACAAAAAACCACAAACAAAGCUAAAAGACCAAUCAAACAAAAAUACAAAUUACUGAAUUUAGACCAAAAUGCUCUUAAUAAACUUGAGUCCUCUGGAAGAGAAGUGAAAGAAAAAGACCCCGAACACCAUGUUCUCAGACCAAGUUCUCAGCAUGAAGGAGAUUUAUUUGCCCUAGAGGAACAGAGGAUAUGGAUAAUGGACAAAGAUGGGAGGGUUAGGGGUAUCUGUCCCAGAGUGGGACAGAGGACUGCCUCUGGAUAGAGAGAAGACAGAUGUGGCCCAUAGGAAAAUGGCAGUUAGGAUUAAAGGGAAACCCUGUGUUAGGAUGAGGUGUUUAAUUUUAAUUGAGCAUGUUAAUUAGGCGAACCAAAGGGGGCUUUUGAUUGCUGGACUUCAAUGCUUUGAUAGUUGGACCUUGGUAGUUAGCCUCAGGAGGAGGAAGUGGACAAAUGACCUUGGUGGCUAGCUUUAAGUGUGUUAGCAGGGCCGAGAGGAUGCAGGAGGAGAUCAAGGCCUGCCAUAGCUGUGCUCGCCUUGCUGGAGCUGGCCAGAGUCCCAUCAUGAAGAAGUUUUCUUACCUCUGAGCCAUGUCUCCAGCUCCUUAGUUAGAACUUUUCAUUCUUAGUAUCCUUAAUUUUUUUCUUUUUCUUUUUGUCAGUUCUGGGGGUUGAACCCAGGACCUCAAGUGUGCUAGGCAAGUGACCUGACACUGAGCCGUGACCCCAACCUUCCUGAAACCUUCAUUUCUAGGGAAGACUCAGGAACAAAGAAAGAUCCAGUUGUCACACACAAUCACACAGGUCAAUUAAAUUGUCUCUGUCUUUCACCCAUAUACACUGAACACUUGACAUUGCCUCAUAUAAUUAUGGUCUCUCUAAUAGGUCUUCUAUGUCCCACU